UGAACAACACAUGGAAUUGUUGCGCAAUGGCUGACACACGCGACCAUGAGGCUUCGUUGCCUUGGGCUGGAUCGAGUCCCCAGGUGGAAGAGGAGGAUGAGCAGUGCUGCAGAAUUUGCCGGCAAGGUGAAGAGGCUGGAAAGCUCUAUUGCCCAUGCAGAUGCGCUGGCAGCAUCAAGUGGAUUCACGAGGCUUGCUUGCAAGCUUGGCUAAAAAGCCACGAGCGAAAAGCUGCUUGUGAAUUGUGCGGUUAUUCCUUCGACUUUAUACCAGUAUAUUCCAAGAACGCGCCACAUCGGCUGACUCUGGCCGACUGGGUCGGUGCUCUCUGCUCGUCCAGUUGGCAGGUGAGCAUUCGCGUGUUGCGCAUACUUUACGCGAUUGGCCUGUGGGGCUUCCUGCUUCCCGUCCUCACCAUCACUGCUGCUCGGUCCAUGUUUGGGCGAGCCAGGCCGGAAUUCAACUCAGCCUGGCAUGUGUUGACCCUGACUUUGGACAUUUUCAUCGGGGAAUGCCUGUCUUUGGCAGGCAUCGCCUUCAUCUACCUGCUUUCGUUCCUGACUGCUGUCCGUGGCCCCGUGGCGGACCCGCCAGGAAGCGAAGGCAGCUUGCCUGCGGCGCCUGAGCACGAGGCACAGAUCCCGGACCAGCCGGAGAGUGCUUCGGUUGGCAUCCAGGUUGACACUAGACAGCUCGUGGAGGAUCAUGAUCCUGAAGAGGACCUUUUGAUCAUCAUGGGCUUAAGCGGCAAUCCAGUUCGCUCAUUGUUGAGCAUGAUCAUUUUUCUGUCCGCCAAUGUUGCGGGCAUCUACUGUUUCUUGGGGCUCCCAUCAUUCCUCGGGCGGUGGGCCAUCCGCUCUGCGAUGCCGUGGAUCGAGGCUUCCAUGCCGGAUUUUCUCAUCUUGCUGACAUGGUCUGGGGAGUCAGAUGAGCCUAGGCCUUCACUACUCCCCGCAAUGGGCGCGAACAUCCUUUUGGAUGUGCUUGCCGUUACAGUGGGGUAUGCACUCGUGACCGUUUGCGCCGUUGGCAUGAUCCUUGCCAUCCUGCUGCCCGGCGCUUUGACCGGCCAGACCUCCCGGAACUGGCAGGCGCUGAGGAUGCUGGUUGGGGUCAGCCAGACCCAAUUGAGCAACGUAUGGUGGAAGCUCCAACACUUCGCUGUGGCGAUUCUGCAGCUAGUGGUGCUGCCUGCCUACGUGGGCCACCUGGUGUUGUGCUUGCUCAGUGGCCCAGUACUUCACCUGUCGCAGCAUGCUCGCGCGUCCAUCAUGAACGCCCACCCGCUGCUCACCUUGGUUAUGCAGCUGUUCAUUGGCUAUGUGCACCUGUGGGGCUUCGCCUUCAUGGAGGGUUGCUUGGCCGGCGUCACGUUGCCAGAAGUCGUCCAGCGGGCCUCCUUGAACUUCUUCGUCAGUGCCAUCAAUUGCCACAGGCGCUUGUUCGGAACUAUGAGCGAGGAGCUGGGCGGCAGAGAGGCAUUGCCGAUGCCGCCGCACUGGGCCACACUGAAGCUGGCGCUGGUACAUGUGGCGAUCCACACGCCGCUGGUCUGGUUGACGUGGUAUCUUCCUGCGUACCUGCUUGACAGGCUUCUUGGUGAUGCCCUGUUUCCGAUGCUCUUAGUGGAUCAGUCAGGUGAUGUCUUGGAGGGACUUCACAGGAGAGAUCCCUUUUUUCUGUCCAGCCCGGCUUCAACGCGAAGCAGCAAGCCGGCAGGUGAGGGCCAGUCUUUGUUCAUUCUGGAGCUGAUGCAGCUGUAUGUCCUAGUCCUUCAGUGCAUUCGCAUCUUAGAGACCUCUCCCGUGAUGACCAAGCUCAUCUCGUUUGGGCUGCGCUGCGCACUGCGCGGCCUCGGCGUGAAGCAUUUCUUGGUUGGGGAGAACUUGCCGGCAGAAGAUCCAGAUGCUCCUGAUGCUGAUGGUACGGUGGGAGAUGCGGAGGCAAAGUCGCAAGGCUUGUGGUGCUGGGUUGCCAGAGGCAGAGUGCUGGGAGUGGUCGCCGCCGCUGUGCUCUGCUGCUGGCUGGUGAUGGCAAUGGUGUUGGGGCUCCCGCUGGCCCUGGGCAGGCUUAUGGUGCGCUUCAUCCUGUCGUCACAGGCA